AUGACUCCUUCGCUCCAGCGCCAGCUCUUCUACGACGGCAAACCCCAGCACGCCUCGUCCGGCCGGACUUUCCAGUCCAUCAACCCCGCCGACGCCACUCUGCUGGCUGAAAUCCCCGUCGCUUCACAGUCAGAUAUCGACGCUGCCAUUACAGCCGCCGAGCGCGCAUUCCCUUCAUGGGCGCAAACGCCGCCUAUUGCCCGUGCGCGUAUUCUCCAGAAGGCGGCGGCCUUGCUGCGCGAACGCAACGAUGAGAUCGCCCGCGUCGAGACUCUAGAUUCCGGCAAAGCGUAUUCAGAAACGAGCACCGUCGACGUCGUCACUGGAGCUGAUGUACUGGAAUACUAUGCAAACCUCGUGGGCGGUGGCGGACUGAAUGGAGAGACCACGCAGCUUCGGGAAGAGGCGUGGGUGUAUUCGAAGAAGGCUCCGCUAGGGGUCUGCGUGGGAAUUGGCGCAUGGAACUACCCUAUUCAGAUCGCGCUGUGGAAAUCCGCUCCCUGCCUCGCCGCCGGAAAUACUAUGGUCUACAAGCCUAGCGAAUUCACUUCCCUUCACGGUCAAACCCUCGCCGAAAUCUACAAGGAAGCUGGUCUUCCAGACGGCGUUUUCAACGUUGUAUACGGUGCCGGCGAUGUCGGUUCCUAUCUCACCUCGCACCCGACCGUCGCCAAGGUCUCUUUCACCGGCCAAGUCUCUACUGGCAUGAAGGUCUCCGGAGCCGCAGCCGGAAAUAUGAAAUAUGUCACGAUGGAGCUCGGUGGAAAGUCGCCUCUCCUCAUUCUUCCUGAUGCAGAUCUCGAGAACGCUGUUGACGGCGCCAUGAUGGCCAAUUUCUACAGCACCGGCCAGGUCUGCACAAACGGCACGCGGGUUUUCAUUCCCAAGUCUAUGAAGAAGGACUUUGAGUCCCGUCUCGUUGAGAAAAUGCAAUAUAUCCGGCCAGGUCCGCUGUUCGAUGAGAACACCAACUUCGGGCCCCUUAGCUCGGCCGUCCACCAGGAGAAAGUCACCGCUUAUAUUCGCCACGGCAUUGAGCAGGACAAGGCCACCCUUCUUUACGGAGGCCUUGGCAAGCCUUCUCUGCCGAAAGACCUCGAAGCAGGCUUCUGGGUCCGUCCGACGAUCUUCACCGAUUGCACGGACGACAUGCGUAUCGUCAAGGAGGAAAUUUUUGGGCCUGUUAUGUCAAUUCUGACCUACGACUCUGUGGAAGAAGCAGUCAAGCGCGCCAAUACGACGGAGCUGGGUCUUGCCGCCGGUGUCUUCACGAAGGACCUCAACCUAGCACACCGCAUUAUUGACCAGCUCGAGGCAGGUAUCACCUGGGUGAACACAUGGGGCGAGAGUCCUGCUGAGAUGGCCGUCGGUGGCUGGAAGAAGAGCGGUCUUGGCGUGGAAAAUGGUCGUCGCGGUAUUGAGGCCUGGGUUCGGAAUAAGAGCACCCUUGUCGAUAUGGGCAAUGCUGUUGCGACGGUCUUUGCGAAGCUGUAGAGUACGAAGUGAAUUAAGCCAGAGUACGUCAUUAAGAAUAUGCAU